ACUACCAGGGGCGCUGGCGCGGGUACAGCGCGAGGACAGACCGCGAGCAGCCUGGGCAGCCUUUUUUAUGGGAGAUGGAGACUGAAUUAACUCACCCAGACUUCCCUAAAGUAGGCACGUUCCCAGUGGGUCACGAUCAAAGAAAGGAUAAGAGUCCGCGUGCUGGCUCUGCUAUUGGCACGCACUGAUACUGAAACGUAGUGAGAAUCGCUUGAAGUCAUCGCGAGGGGAGUAUUUUCGACCAUGUCACACAGCUCCUAUGGCAGGAUGUGGGCGGAGGCCCAAGGAGCCCUGGACGAGCUGCUGGAAGAUGAGGCCCCUACAGUGCAGCCUCCUCCUCAGAAAGACCACCUGCAGGUCUUCCAAACCCUGGCCAGCUUCUACCUACGCUACCUCCAGAUCUUCAGGGCUCUGGAGGCCGUCUAUGACCAGCUCGUUCAUCCUCAGAAGAGGCGCACGGUCCGACACGUCCUGGAGGGAGUGAUGGGAAGGCUGCUGGAGCUGAAGAAUGAUAUGGUAGACCUGGAGGCAUCAGAGUUUCACUACUUUGACGACAUGCUGCAAGACCUGAAGAUGACGCCUGAGGACCUUGAGGUGCCCAUCCCCCGGUAUUUCGUGAGAGAGAGGAUGAAAGUGCUGAAACAGAGGGAGAAGAUGUUGGCUCAUAUUCUGGCCAAGAGGGAACAGCUGCACCCAGAACCCGUGCCAGUCCAGACCAUGUCCAUGGAGAGGGCCGUGCGUGUGCUCCAGGUGAGCGAGCGCGCCCGACAGGGCCGACUUAGGGCGCACUUCAUGAAGCAGAUCACAGAGCAGGAGCGCAGGAGGCGGAGCCACGAGGGGUGUGGUCCCUGCAUGCCCCACCCACAGCUGGCAGCCACGCUCAUACAGAAGGUGUGGCGGGGUUAUCGACAGAGGAAGAAGACCAGUAAGGAACGUCUGGAUGAAAUGAUAUUUCUGGGCAUGGUAGCGCCUCGACCUCCGGUGUCCAGCCCUGCCGAGAAGCGGGCCUGGCAGGCGGAGCGCUCCAGGCGGCAGGUCCAGGAGCAGCACGAGGCCGAGUACCAGCAGGCUCUGGUCAAUCUUAAGGAGUCCGUUCGCUCGGUAGACGGGCCUGACAUCAAAGCAACACUGCAGGACCAGAUACGCCAGUGGUUCCUCGAGUGCCGAGAUGCUACUGGCUCAUUCCCUGAUUUCCCAAGUGUUGAAGAUGGGGGAUCAGCUUCCAUAUUUGCAGAGAAGACACCAGAACAGGUUGCCGCAGAGCUGGCUGCAAAGCAGGAAGAAAAAGAGGAGAAGAAGAAGAAGAAAUCCAAGGGGAAGCCAGACAAACGUGCUGGGAAAGACCGGAAAGAGAAGAAGAAAGAGAAGAAAAGGGGGGAGGUCAGCACCGAGGAGGACGGCUGGACGAUGAGGCCCAGCGGUUUCCUGAGCACCGUGAGCGAGGGAGCCAAGCUUUACCGAGAGGUUUGGCAGGCUCGAGAUGAAUGCUACAACUUUCCCCAGCGGUUUGACCCUCAGCUAGUGCGAGAGGAGAAGAGGCAGGAGGUGGAAGAGGAGAUCAGACUUCAGGUUGAUGAGCUCAUGAAGCAGGAGCUGGAGACGCUGAGGAUGGUGGUGGACCGGGACAAAGGCAGGACCAAGAAAAUGAGCAACAAGACCCAGAAAAAGAAAAAGAAGAAGGGGCAAAAGAAGAAAAAGAAGAAGAAGGGGAAGGAUCCGACGGCAGACAGGACCAUUGAAUCCCUGUAUGAAGAGCUGGCCAUGGAAGGCGUCCUGGUGCGUACCAUGAACAUCAAGAUGUCCGAGUAUCUAGGGGAGUACAGUUACCUGGCAACCAGUCUCAGGCAACGGGCGGUGGAGCCCAUGCCCUCUCUGUCCGACGUCAGACAGCUGGUGACCCUCUACGGUGUCCUCCCUCUGGGUUCCCAGAGCGUCCACGAGAGAGGGCCUCUGAUUCGCUCCCUACUCCUGGCCGGCCCCACGGGCGUGGGGAAGAAAACGCUGCUCCAUGCCCUCUGCACGGAGACCGGUGCCAACCUCUUCCAGCUCUCCAGGGCCAACCUGGUGGGCAAAUACCCGGGCCGGAGUGGUGUGCAGCUCCUCCUGCACAUGGUCUUCAAGCUGGAGCCCAGGAGGCUGAAGAGAGACCUGCCAAAGAUGGUGAAGUCCAUUAAAGCUGAGGACCGCAUCCUCCUGGUGGGAACUUCAUGCAGACCCUUCGACGCCGACCACAGGGCGCUCUGUAAAGUUUACAGAAAGAUUGUCCUGAUCCCCAGACCAGACUACGCCUCCAGACUAACUUUCUGGAGAGAGCUGCUCAUGACUAGAGGUGCUCAGCUGGGCCCAACCCUUGACCUGAGUUCCCUGGCAAAGGUCACCGAUGGCUACACCCCAGGUCACAUUCUGCGGGUGGCACAGAGCGUCCUGAGCGUCCGACGUCUCAGUGAGCAGGUCCGGAGGCCCCUGACGGCCGUUGAGUUCCUCCAGCCCCUCGCCAGGCAAGACCCGGUUUACAAAGAGGAGGAAGAGGCGUUCAAGGCUUGGUACAGCCGGACCCCUCUGGGCAAGCGGCGGGCACGUGCCAACGCGUCCAACCUGGCGGCCAUGCCAAGAACCAGGAAGAAGAAAAGUGGGAAAGACCUCAAGAACAGACGACAGGAGCGAGUGAAGAACGGAACACGGGAUCGGAGGAAGAAGACGAAGUGAACCCUUCAGCACAGCGUGUAGAGUUUUUCCAUUUAUAAGACCAUUAAAUUCAGUUUUUGAAUCAUUUUCACUUUUGUUACAGCUGAUACUUAAGUGAAAACCUUGAAACUGCAGACACUUGAAAACUGAAAACUGUUAUUUCUCUUUUUGGCCACCAGAGAGCAGCAUUGGUCUUUCCCACAGGCGUUCUCUCAAGUUUACUACCUCCUUUCAACGUACAGCUUAUUUAAUUGAAUAUGUAGGUUUUUAUCCACAUAAGACGCUACUAAAUAAAUUAGC